AUGCAGAAGACCAGCGAGGUUGGACGAACAUUUCCCGGUGCUCCCGUGAGUCCAGCAGCAUCUGCACCAUUAACGGGCAUCCGGCCCGGCCUGAGCGAUGAUACGUCGUCCGCAACCCAGGAUCUUUGUGUCUACUGCUUUGAAGUUCUGCUGGCCAGGCUGCAGGGAACGCCACAACCUUCCUUGAAAGGUCGAGCCGAUGCGUCUCCUGUCCGGGAGGUCCCCGGACUCUUUGUCAGCUGGCACAACCCGGCAGGGCUUCGCGGCUGCAUCGGCUCCCUGCAGCCGGUUGAAUUGGAGCGCGGCCUCUCGGACUGUGCUCUCUCCAGCGCCUUCCACGACCGACGCUUUCCUCCGAUCUCUCUCAAGGAGGUGAAAUCGCUUACAUGCCGUGUGUCCGUUUUACACACCUUCGAGCCUUGCCAGGACCCAACUGACUGGAAGGUUGGCGUUCACGGCGUCACUAUUUCGUUCACGGCGUCCUUGUGCAUCCUUUGCCCCUGCAGCACUUGCAGAUACACUGCCACAUUGCUUCCAGAAGUGAUUCUGGAAGAGGGGAUGACCCAGGAG